CUCAGUCUUCGGGGUGGGCUCGGCGGCGCAGGCCGGGCGGAGCGCGGGGCUCGGCGACCAGCGGCAGCGGCCCGGGGGCGGCCGCCGCGCCAUGGCGGGGCGGUAGACGGGCGCGGGCCGGCGAGGCGAGGGGCGGCGGCGGCGGCGAGCGUCGGCGAGGCCCGGGGCGGGCAGGCCCGGGGCGGGGGUCGGCCCGGGCGGCGCGGGGGAGCGGGGCGGGGCCCGCCGGCCGUCGGGGUGUCGGAGGCCCGGGCCGCCGCGAGGAGCCGCCGCCGGCCGCUGGGCCCCGCCGCCGGGCCGCUCGACGACGACGCUCCCGCGGGGGCCCCGCCUGAGGAGGACGCGGCGGCGGCGGCGGCGAGGCCGCGGGAGGCCGCGGGGCAUGGAGGAGCGGAAGGAGGAGGGCGAGGCCGAGAUCCAGGAGCACGGGCCGGAGCACUGGUUCUCCAAGUGGGAGCGGCAGUGCCUGGCCGAGGCCGAGCAGGACGAGCAGCUGCCCCCCGAGCUGCAGGAGGAGGCGGCGGCCGCCGCGCAGCCCGAGCACAAGCAGCAGAAGCUGUGGCACCUCUUCCAGAACUCGGCCACCGCCGUGGCCCAGCUCUACAAAGACCGAGUGUGUCAGCAGCCAGGACUCUCUCUCUGGGUUCCCUUCCAAAACGCAGCCACCGCCGUCACCAACCUCUACAAAGAAAGCGUGGAUACCCAUCAACGAAGUUUUGAUAUUGGAAUUCAGAUUGGCUACCAGCGGCGCAAUAAGGAUGUGUUGGCUUGGGUUAAAAAGCGCAGAAGAACUAUUCGUAGAGAAGAUUUGAUCAGCUUCCUGUGUGGGAAAGUUCCUCCACCACGAAACUCUAGAGCUCCCCCAAGACUGACUGUAGUGUCCCCUAACCGAGCUACUUCAACGGAAACUAGCUCAUCUGUAGAGACUGAUUUGCAACCCUUCCGGGAAGCCAUAGCUCUGCAUGGUCUUAGUGGUGCAAUGGCUAGUAUAAGCGUGCGUUCGAGUACCCCAGGCUCUCCUACACAUGUAAGCAGUGGAUCGAAUGCUAGUCGAAGGAGAAAUGGACUCCAUGAUGUCGAUUUGAACACUUUCAUAUCAGAAGAAAUGGCACUCCACUUGGACAAUGGUGGAACUAGAAAGCGUACCUCAGCCCAGUGUGGCGAUGUCAUUACAGACUCACCAACCCAUAAACGCAACAGAAUGAUCUAAACCGCAAACAUUUUCACACCCACCAUGCUGCUUGAAAGCCACUUGAUCCUCAACAUAUACUAUUAUUGCAAAGGAAACAUGAGGCCAUCUUCCCUUGUUCACUGUUUAACACAAGUGAAUAAUUCUAUAGUGGUUGCCAUAAAAGGAAGUUCUAGGUAUUUACAGUAGAUGCCUCUUGUAACUAUGGCUUUCUUCAAACUAUAACCCUAGCAGAGGACAUCAGAAACCGUGUAGGCGUUAGCAGGAUCAUCAUAGGCAAACAUAUCCGUUCCAAGGCUAAAAGUGACCUUAACUGUAUUUAUUCUCAAAGGGAAAGGAAAUAUCAGAUGUUUAUUUGGUUAUAGAAUGCCCCCUCCCCCCACCUUUUUUUAUUUUUGGGGUCCAUUUCCUGCUGUGUUGAGUAUUUUGCUUCAACAGUAUUGCCAGGUUCCUAAAAUUCUCUAAAACACACGAUUUGGCUUCCUCAUCCAAUCUGCAGGCUUCCAUUUUCCAGCAGCACUGUACCAUGCACCUGGUUCUAUACGGUAGCAGCGUGCAACAUCUGAUUAUUGGACUGCCCGGUUUUUAGUUUUCAAAGCAGUUUCUAAUUCUGGUGAUUGUGUAAUGUAAAGAGGUGCUAUGAUGGUCAUGCAAUUAAUACUUAAUACUGAAUCAAUACACAAAACUUAAUCAGAGUCACUUUGUGUGUGUUAGUGCUCUAAAAGUAGCAAUAUUAUUAAAUUGCCCCCAGAUGAACCCUGUAGGCUUCGAAUACUCAGUUUUAAGGCAAGUACUACUUCCCAUGCAGGACACUGUCCUUGUGGUAAACGUAAACACGUAGACUGCUAGCUGCCUCCCCGAGAGGUCUGCACCAUGAGCAUGGGCUUCCUUUUUGGCUCAGUGUUAGAGGGAGGGAGAGGGAUUCUAGUCUUUCUUACAGUUUACAUUAUUCCUGAAAGACCCCUUUGGAGUGGGUGGGAGAUAAAAGGGUCUUUUAUUUGCUGAUGGUGUGAUCACAAUUUAAAUAGCAAAUCCCAGCUCUCCAGUCCCUCUUCUAAAAAGUGCAGUUUGGAAUCUCACUCUGGAAAAGCUGGGAUCACAUGGAGGUUCUCUAAAUGUUAGGUAGACCUAAAUAAAGGUUCUCAAUAAUAGGGUCCUCUCUUGAGUGAGAUAGAAGGCCUCUUGUAGCUACAGUGUUUGAGAGCAUGUUUCUUCUUAAUUUUUAAUAUCUUGAACUGAAUGAUAGUUUUUUUUAGAUGAACUGAUGUCAGCCUGCCAGGUACUGUAAUUUAUUCUACCAUAUCCUAUAUAUCAAGUAGGACAGUGAAAAUGUUUCCUUGCAAACUUGUAGUCCAGUAUCAGUUAACUUCCUGUUCUUAUCCUUCAAAGACCAUUGCAAACCAGUGUAAGGGUUUUUCCAGUAAUUACAGCACUUUGUUAAAACUUUGCUAAGUUAACCAUAAUAUUCAUCGACUGGGUGGAUGUGAACAGAAUGUUAGAAACUGUGGUGUGAACCGAAGUUCUGUAUUCAUUAUAGAUAUAGCUCUUAUUUAAGAAGUCUCAAUACCAUACUAAAACUAGGAAUCAAACUGAGGUAGUUCUAAAUUUUUGCAAAAGUGGAACCUUUUUUCUUUAUUGUUUGAAAUAUAAUAGCAGGAAGAAUUAUAGCAACCUGUCAUUUUACCUGAAACGGACAAGCCUAUGUAUUAUGAAAACUUUCAAGCUUCCUUUUGGAAUAUACCAGAACUGCAUUUGGGUUAGCUUUGUUUUCUCUUGUUGUAAAUUUAGAUUCUGGAGUUGGGAUCUGGCGGGUGAUGCCUUGCUCACGAGUGGCCAGACUCUUCCUAAAGGGUUUUGAGAUUGAGGAACACAUAUUUAAUCUCCCCUUUAUGCCUUGGUUCCAGUUCCUCUUCCCAGGUUGAAUAACAAUUUUUGGGUUGUUUUUGUUUUAGUUGGUGCUCUGAAGCUUAAUCUCAGUACCCUUUACUCUUGAUUGUCAAAUUUUGAUAAAAAAUGUGCCAUUUUUUUGGUAAGAGAAAGCAGGUCUUAAUGUCUGCCAGAACACGAUUUAUAUGCCUUAUUGGCUCCAUUAAACUUUUUAAAAACUUUAGCAUUUGUUACUUUUUUCCAUUGCAUUUAGUCUUAAAUGCUGUUUGUCACUUAAUCAUAACUUCUUCCCCCUUCUUUGCUCCAUUGAGCUCUCAUCUGCCACCUGAGCACAGAGUGACCCUGUGACCUAGGAGACAGGGAAGCGGGUCUCUGAGGAACGCAUAGUUCUGACUGCUAGAUAGUUGAAGCCUUUUUUUGUGCCAAUCGUGGAAAACUGCAUAUUUGUGUGGCACUUUUAAAAUAACUUUUUCCGGUCUCUUGAGAACAGUGUAGGCUGAAUUUGAAAACUUAGUUUACUUUGGGGGGAGGCAGAACCUCUCUCUUCAUCCUAAGCUAGAGUCUCUGAUUCUUUCAGACCUCACUGCUCAUUAGUUCUGUUCCUGUCACCCUGGGUUGACACUCGUGGUUUGAGUCAUCUUCACACUGCAGUAUUCUGAGUAUGGCUGAAGCAUUAAAAACCUAGGUGUAGUGUUUAUGGAGCAAAGGUAAUGGAAAGCAUUUGGCUGAAUCUAAAGACCUGCAGUCAGAUUCUUCACUGUGGUUUACCCAACUGGAGUAGCACACACCCUAAGUCAUUCAAUGAAUAAAUCAUUAAAGCAAAACAAAACAAAAAAAGAUGGGGCUCGUCUGCAGUUUUAUUUUGGUCAUCACAUCUGAACCACUUUUUGAUGCAGUCAAAUGAAGUUCAGGCUCCUGAGAACUAGGCUUCCACAGGCCGGUGCCUGUUGGAACUCACCAAGCUUCUUGAGUCAGCGUGGCUUUGGGCCUUAAGGUUUCCCCAUGGCAAUGAAAGCUGAACUGGCUUCCUCUCUGGCUGGAGAGGAAGGCCGGUUGAGGUCUGACCUUGAGGCUUCGGCCAGCCUUCGCGCUGGGAAGGCCCAAGAGACCAAGAGGUGCUUUGGAAACGGGGCCUUGUUGGGGACAUUGGCAGUCCUGUUAAUUUUAGAAAAACAAUGAGUGAAUCGUUAAGCUUCUGACAUGAUUAAUACCUGGAUUUUUCAAGAGGUCUAAUGACUACAGAUCUAUCUCAUUGCAUUUUAUCUCAGCGUGUCACAACCUGCCACUUCAUCCAUUAGAUCAGUUACAUAGAUACUUAGUUUGAGGUUGGGACUCUUCAGGGAUAGCUUUUGGACUCUUGGAAUGAAGUGACUGGAAUGGAGGCUUCUGCCAGAGGAAACCUGUUUACAGUCAAACAAAAUUCAACUGUUGAAUUACAGAAGUUUAUUUUGAUCAGAUGUUUCUAGCACCUGCUCCCGCCUCCUGGAAAGCUGUUACAGCUUUGAUCAACUUGAUUACCUUAUCCAGCAGCUGGCUUCCAGGUUCCACACUGGAGUGUCUGCGCAGGGUGUGGUGGCCCAGUGGGGACAGCGUUUGGGGAGCGGGGCAGACCUGUGUGUCCAGGCCUCCUUUCCCGGGGUCUGUACUUGAUGUGUGAGCUCCAGAUGUUCUCCUGCGUGUUCUCUGUGAGGUUUCGUGCUGGUGGUUUUAAGAGUCAAUACAAAUUUUGUAGCCCUCGGCAUAAAUGGGGCUCGUGAUGAUUCCCCCAAGUUCCUGAUGGCCCCUCAUUUUAUUUGUAUUGAGUUAAACAGCUUUAAAGAAAACGUUUUAAGCCAGUAACAGUCCAGCUGCAUAGCAGUUUCUAAUGUAGGUAGCUCGUCCUACAGAAUAGGGAGCUAUUUUAUGACCUAAUGGGCCUCCCACUGUGUGUGUGGCCCUUUAUAGGGACCCCCCCCCUUUUUAAUUAGCGGUAGCUCGGACUAUCUAAGUUUCUAGAGGAUAAAUUUCAGCUGGUACCAUUGGCGGUUCACAGGACUUUGGGAUACUGACUGGUCUUAGCAAGGUACCCUGCCAGGUGGUGUUGGGGCUUCACCGGCACCAGUGCCUUGGCUCCCGCGUCUUCGCCAUUGCCAGUGUCCGGGCUACUUGCAGGCAAAAGUGGUCUGAAGGUUUGCCUUUAAUUUUUGCCCCCUCCUACGAAGGAAGAAUCUUUGCUGGAUUUGAACACUUGCUCCAUUUGCUGGGUGUGGGCGUCUGGAUCAGUUCACCUCUCUGGGCUGUCUCAUCAUCGGUGACACAGGUACAAUAGAAAGAAGCCCAUGCAAAACUUAGUGGCUUGAAUUCCUUGGCGACAUUUACCAUCUGCAUCAUAAUCCCCCCCGCACCACCCCCAACCCGUGCAGCCCUUGAGAACUCGAAUGUGGUUGAUUUUUUAACAUGCCAUUGAAAACAAUACUUCUAAUUUUUGCAACGAUGAUUAAAAUGUCAGACCACAUAAAGGCCCUUUUAACUUGUCCUCCACCCUCCGCAAAGGUCAGAACGAAA